AUGUUUUCGGCACAGCAUAAGAUCCACAAGGAAAAGGGUGUGGAGCUUUCUGAGUUGGAUGAGCAAGUUGCUCAGGCUUUCUUUGAUUUGGAGAACUCAAACCAAGAGUUGAAGAGUGAGUUGAAGGAUCUAUACGUCAACUCGGCCGUUCAAGUUGAUGUUUCUGGAGGACGCAAGGCAGUUGUGAUCAAUGUUCCUUACAGACUGAGGAAAGCUUACAGGAAGAUCCAUGUGAGGCUUGUUCGUGAACUUGAGAAGAAGUUCAGCGGAAAGGAUGUGAUCCUCAUUGCAACAAGAAGGAUUGUGAGGCCACCAAAGAAGGGCUCAGCUGCAAAGAGGCCACGCAACCGUACUCUGACAUCAGUCCAUGAAGCCAUACUUGACGAUGUGGUCUUGCCCGCUGAGAUUGUUGGGAAGCGAACUAGGUACAGACUCGAUGGCACCAAAAUCAUGAAGGUGUUCUUGGACCCAAAGGAGAAGAACAACACAGAGUACAAGCUUGAGGCUUUCACCGCGGUUUACAAGAAGCUUACCGGCAGAGACGUCGUCUUUGAGUUUCCCAUAACCGAGGCCUAA